AUGUCCAAGUUCAGCCAAUACCUAGGCGACCCGCCCGCCAUUGACGGCAAGUCAACCAUAGACCCCAUCGUGAACCAUGGCCAUCAGGAUCUGGUCCAGGCCGUUGCGUUUAACAGCUACGGCGACCGUUGCGCGACCGGAUCCGUCGACGGCAAGAUUCGCGUCUUCAACAGGCACAAGGACGGCAAGUGGCGCGUUUGCGACAGCUGGAGUGCUCACGGCGGUGAGAUUCUAGAGCUCCAAUGGCUCCCCCCAACCAUCUACCCCAACCUUCUCGCCUCCCUCGGCAUCGAAGGCCGCUUCAAGCUCUGGGCCGAAAACCCUUCCGCCGCUCCAGGCCGGCGCUUCGGCGUCAACCUCACCGGGCACGGCGGUGGCCACGGCGCCAGCACCCUCUCCUCCCGUCGCGACGUCGGCGGGGGCCUCUCUUCUCUUUCCUCGGGCGACAGCAAACCCACGCCGGCCUUCGACUACCGCAACCCCAAAUCGCCCAUCCGCUCCUUCUCGCUCAAACACAACGACGACACACGACACACCUACCUCGCCCUCUUGUCCGUGGACGGCACCCUGGAAGUGCUCGAGAACGAAACGCCCGAAAACAUCACCGAGUUCUCCCGCAUCGACCAAUUCACCGUCUGCCCAAAACCCUCUCGCGGGGAGGAGGCCUCCUUCCGGGUGCGCUUCGACCCCAACCCGGAGGUGUGCUACACCGCUUUGCGAGCGGGCGUGCCCACGGAUGCGUUGGGGUUGGUGGUGGCGGCUAUGGAUUCGGUCAAGGUCUACAGGACUCGAGACACGGUUAGUGCCAGCUUGGGUGUGGCUACGGCUGCGAGAGAGUUUUAUCUCGCUGCGGAGAUUAGCGGGAAGGAUCCGAAUGCGGGGCAUAGAGGGCUGGUGAGAGAUGUGGCGUGGGCGCCGGGGAAUAUUAGGGGCUAUGAUAUUGUGGCCACGGCGUGUCAGGAUGGCUAUGUGAGGGUUUUUGGACUGUCGACGCCGGCGCCGCAGACGCAGACGCAGGGGAUGGAAGGAACCAGGGGGUGGGGGGUGGGGGAGAUGAGGAGGCAUCAGGAGGGGAGGCGAGAAGAAGGUGGUGGUGGGGCUGCGGCUAGAGCUUUGGCGGGCUCGGCGGCGAUGGGGCAUGGCGGCGGGCAGGAUACGCAUUUGAAGUCGGGGAUUAGAGCUGGACUGGCUGAUCAGUCGAGGAUGAGUGGGGCCGCGGGAGAUAGGAUGAGGGCGGGUGGGCAGCAGCAGCCGGGCCAGGUUAGGCAUGUGGUUACGGAAGUUGCGAGGCUCGAUAGUCAUCGGACGCCGGUGUGGAGGGUGGGGUUUGAUGAUGACGGGCAGAUUUUGGGCAGUGUGGGUGAUGAGGGUAACUUCGAAAACAUACCAUUAACCGAUACACCCAACACGCCUGUCAAGACCGACAAAACCCCAAAACAAAAUGAAGAUACACCACGUCGACCAACACCAGCCCGUCUAAUCAUUGGCGAUGGCCUGGUUCCCAGCCAUGACUUCAAGCAGACCUCCGAGGAAAGCAAAGCUUCUACCUUCCUUCAUCGAAUGUUUUCUUUCGAAAGCCCACCCGGUUUACCGGAACUGACACUGAUGCCAAACAAGGGUGGAGCGGAAAUCAGGACGUCCCUUGAUGCGGAAUCUAUCUUCAACCAAUUCUUUCCCGUCCGCAGUACUUCGUCCUCAUACCCCUCGGAAGGUGUCAAAAGCCCCGAGCUUACAGUCUCCCCUCCCAUGACCUUCGGUCGACGCAUCCUCUCGAGCCUGGAAACUUAUGGUUUCUCGAACUCCUCGUUUCUGCGAAGCAGUGACGAGUCCGCUGGCUCUAAUCAGCGUCAUAGACUGAAUCCAGUUGCCGUCGAGGGUGCCUUGAGAGAUCUCUAUCGAGAGCAGGAAGCGGCGAAGAAUAAUGAAGUCAUCGAAUGCGGAACGCAGCCCUCAGUGACAGGCGAUGACAGAAGUAUCAAGAUCACCGAACGGGAGUUGACCAAGCCUGAGGUUGAGCACAUUGAGAACAUUGAGCACAGAAAGAUGCCCAGCCUCAAUGGCAGCAACCCAGACGAAGUCAUCGCCGACAUCUCAGCCGUCAAUACAGAGUCCAUUAUCAGCCUAGCCAUCGCCGCCCUACACAGGGGUAAAAGCAACAGCUCCACGCUUCCCAGACAGCGUCCACGUUCAUCCGGACCCAGCGGUACAGGAGCAACACCCUUCCCCUCGCUUGACCUAGCUCCCCGCGAUCGCGCUCCGGUCUCUUCCAAAGCCGCGCUAUUGUCAGAAGAAGCGCCCAGCAACUUAUCCACGCAAUGUCUGCCGCGUGUGUCAACAAACCCUCCGCGUCUUUCAACUGAAUCUCCGACCACAUUGGAGAAGCGGUACCUCAAACCAAAGUCAAGAGCCGCACUUCCCUUUCCCUUCGGGUCACCCACCAAGAAGAGGAGCGUAGUGGUCGCACCCAUUGUCGCUCCUGUCACCGAUAUAUCGAACGUUCCUCUUCUUAACGGUAGUCAAGGGGGCGCUGUCAGGAAGCCAUUAGGACCUUAUCCCCGCCAACAGUCAAAGAAAAAGAGCUCAAUCCUUAGGCUUCUGCGUUACAUCUUUCGCAGACCUGUCAAAGCCAAGAAGUGGGUCGUUCGCAAGUUUCGUGCGAAGAGGAAGGCGAUCUCGAAGAGGUUCAGGGCCAAGACCAAGGCCAGGAAGGAGAGGAAGAAGAUAGUUUUCGAGUCAUCUAAGGUUGAGGGUACUACUGUUCCUCCAGUCACCAGUGAGGAAGUUGAAUCUGUUAUUGUGCCUGUUACCGUUCUGGAGGAACCUGCUGUGGCUACUGUUGCUGCUGUUACGGAGGUCGAUGCUGUGAAGGCAGAGCUGGGGGAAGUUGAACGAAUUGCCAGUGAUGAGCAUGUAGCGGUUACUAAACAGGAACUGACAAUCAAAGCUGUGGUGGAAAAGAAGAUCGGGUCAGAUGUGGGAAGUGUCGAAGAGGUGGAGGAUGUUACUGCUGAGAUUGUUGAGAUUCAUGUUGUUGAUGCUUCUACUUGUGUUGCGUAA